AUGUGUGGGGGUGAUAUGGUUGCAACUGUGGCCGUGUUUGGGAGGAAACUGUUUGCAACGGUGCUUGCUACGAUUGGAAGCAUAUUCGCGAAGACAGCCCAAGCAUUAGUUGGCGUCAAGACAGGACUCCCAAGCUGGAACAGUGCAGAUGUCGCCACAUUGUGUACUUCGGGCGAGCAGAAGAAUCAAGCACUGAGUACCUCCCCAGCGUUCUGGAUGCUCAUAAAAGUGCCCUGGCUUUCCGCCGUGCCUUGUACCACUUUCGCCCAAAUGAAGCGUGCGAGCUCUCUGCUUGCGAUCAGAAGUGAAACCAGUGCGAGAAUAACGAGACGUACUGAUGAAGUGGAUCCUGGGCAUGAUAUUCACCGUGAUGAUCGAACCAAAAUACGAGUAGAUUUUGUAGGUGUCCUUGCUGGAGACCAUAUAUGUGACGUACCUCCGAAUUUCUGGACCACUAGCAAGAAGCAGGCAAGAGCUGUGUCUGCACGGCGAUUGUUUGGGACAGCAAAGUGUCCAAGCACCAUCCGGGAAUAUUUAUCAACAACCCCCCAUACACCGAUUCCCAUUGAAUUGACCAGCUUGUCAUGUCCAUCAAUUGACCAUUCCUCGUUGGAGCGACAGCUGAGCAAGCACACUGGAUCUGUACGCAAGCCAUUGCAUACAGAACAAGAGGCUGCUACUGCACUGGUCCUUCUGGUUGAAGAGGACCCACACGGAAGUCUCGGAGCAAGAACAAUCAAGGAGAGGCUAUCAUCACAGGGCUAUCCUGUCCCUAGAACAAUGGACCCCGAAGCUGUACAGAAUAGGCGUCCAGGUGCCG